CGGCAAGCCAGUCCCGCGCGACGGCUCACACGUACCGCACGUGUUUUUUUGUCAAAUAAACUUUUACCGACCUAUUAAAUCGGAAAAUAUUGUGUUGUGAAGUGUGUGAAUAACUUUUGAAAUAGAGAGUGUAUUAGGAUUGUCUUAUUUCAAUAACAGAUGGCGUACCAGCGGUGAUGGCAGGAGCUUAUGUAGUCCUAUACGCGGUGCUGCUGGCCGGCGUCGCGUGUUACACCAUCGACUGCAACCAUGAGUACACGGACUGCGAUACAGAACUAAGUAAAUUAAUGAGCGAAGAUGACGAAGGACAGGCGGGAACACAAGUAACAAUAGAUGUAGUUCCUCCCACAACAACAACAACUACUAGCACUGUACCACCAACCCGAUCAACAACAACGGAAAAAGUUAAAACAGAAACGACCGUCACCACGGAGACUACUGCAGUAGAAUCAAUGAUCAAACCCAAACCUAGACUUCUCAAUUUAAGCGUAGAUGAAUUACAAAAUUUCGCAAAUGCACUGCACAAUCAAACUAACCAGAAAGAACCAAAGAACGUUGACCUCAGUGAUGUUAAUAUGGACGAAGAAGAUGAACUGCCGAAACUUUCUGACCAUAAACAAAAACAUAUAUCAGAUAAAUUCUAUUCAAAUCUUCAAGCACCAUUCAAUCCCUUAAUGACAAUAGACAAGUCUGAAGAGGAAACGUGCAAGGAGAAUGAAAUAACAUACAAGCUCGGAGAGAAAAUGGAUAGAGGCUGCGACGAAUCAUGUGAAUGUGCCCCGGGAGGUUUAUUUGAAUGUUCGCCGAGAUGCAAACAUCCAUACAUACGACGAGGACGACGUCUCAAUGAUCCCCUGUGUUUUGAAUCGCCGGUUGACGAAUGCUGUUCUAUAGUGGCGUGCGCGAAUGGCGAAAUAAAACCAACGACUACAGAAGUCUGUCGGUACGGCAACGAGUCUUACCACGUUGGUGCGAAGUGGGAUAUUGGGUGCGAACAGAUUUGCACUUGCGAAAGAAAUUCUGUCGUAACCUGUAAACCCAGAUGUAACCGCAUGCCACAAUCGGAUAGGUGCAUCAAUGUGCAAGACCCAAAGGACGCGUGUUGUGAAAUACAAGUAUGCGAUGUUUCCCAAGACGUGCACGAGGAGCCCAUUGACAAUGGCACUGUUACAUCCACUACUGCUAAACCUGUACACGAUGCAAUGGAAACAAAAGCGUCACGACCCCUAGUUCUUCUCGAACCAAUUGGAUCUAUAAAGGUCCUCCAAAACAAUAGUGUCCAAGUCAAUCUAAUCCAUCCAAACGACUCAAUGGAUCCUAUACAUCUAGAACUUAGCAGCGAUGGUGGCCAAACAUACACUGACGUUGAAUUGAGAUAUAAAAACCUAAUUUUAAACCUAGAAGGUGGAAGAGAUUAUAUUCUUAAAACUAAGGAAACUGGGACAAAGUUCAAUUUCACGAUAACAGCGUCUGAUGAUAAUGAAGUACUUGAAGAAAGAUCAGAUAAUACAAAAGAGGGGUGUUAUCACGAUGGGCAGUUUUAUGCAGUCGGGGAAGAAAUCCACAUAGGAUGCACUGAGUUAUGUGAAUGUACGGGGCCUGAUACAAAAGAGUGUGCACCUUUGGUCUGUCCUAACCAUGUUGGGCUGGAAUUAGUGUCCAAAGGCUGCGUCCGAUGGGCGCCAAGUCCGCCCCCACAGCCGCCCAAUUGCUGCCCACGGACUGCCCGUUGUCUGAGCGACGGUACCUGUCAUUACAAAGGCGUUGCAAUACCAAACUGGAGCGAGGUUCCCCUUCAUUUGUCGGGUUGCGAACAGCACUGCUUCUGUGAGAAUGGGGAGUUGGAUUGUCAAGAAGCCUGCAACCCUCUUCCUUCCUUGCCCCCUCAGACCCUGAGAUGCCCUCCAAUGCACCGGCCGGCACCUGUUAAUGUAUCCGACGAAGACUGCUGUAAGGAGUGGGGCUGUGCUCCGCAUGCUGGAAUGAACGCAUCGACUCAAAAACAUAAAACUUAUCCGAAAAAUAACUAUAUCACUCCAUCAACAUUGACAACACCCAGAUACGUUUUACCCACCCCAUCACUUACCACAGAAGCAAUGAACUUCAAAAGAUUACAUUCGGCAAAUUUAGAUUUUUUUAAACACUUGCGUCCUAUAAAAACCGGAAUUCCUAAAUAUUUGAAGUCCUUAGUACCAGUCAUGCUUAACAAUACUUAUAGAGAAGCAGAUGAGCAUAAAAAUGUAACUGCCUUUGCAAUGUAUGAUGUAGAUUCUGCUAAAAAUUUCAAUAACCAACCAGUAGUAGAUCCAACUAAAAGUGGAGAUCAAACCUCAUAUGUAAGCCCGACAAAAAAAUUCCACUCAGAGAUCGUAGUUGCGACUCAUGAUCGCAAAAAAGAGAAAACUAAUAUGUGGGAUACAAAUGAUAUUAAACAAAGAAUACCCGAUCAUUAUGUAAAUGAUGUUAAUAUUCCAACGUCUAAAGAAACUGUUAAAUAUUUUACUCCCGCAUAUGCACCUAAAGAUUUGAUGAUCCAGCAUCAACAGUUUAGCCAUUUAGAUUCAAGUCAAUAUUUCAGAGAUAUGUUUGCACCUUUAAAUAAUGAAUCUGGUAUAGUUUCUAAUCCUCUUCCUAAAAACACAAUUCCUAUUGAUAUUAAUCAAAUCGAUAACAUAAUACAAAAUAGCCAAGGGAAAUAUGUUACCGUUUUACGAAAUAAAGACAUGCCAAAGACAAACUCAGUAGAAAAAACUGUAUGGAAGCCAGACAUUCGCAAGCAUUUGCUUCUCAAAGCUCCUAGUCCUUAUGAAACGGUUCUCCUUAGAGCUCUUCCUAACACAAGACUACAUUCAACAAUAAAUGAACAAAUAAAAAGUCAUAAAAGCCCUUCAAAGUAUUCUACCCUCGACCUCGAAAAUAUUUUAAGUCAGAUGGAAGUAGAGACCGAUGUGAACCGAAACCUUGGACGAUCAGCUGAAAAGAAUCGAGCGACCGCGGCAGGUCAACUGCCGCCAGGAUUCCCAGGCAGUCAUCCAGCAUUUCUACCAACAGCGCCACCAGAUGAUAUAUUUUCAGACAACCAAAAUGAUAUUCAUAGACCUUCUAAUCCUUUGGAACCUUCGUUGGCUGGUCUUCCACCUGGGUUACAAAUACCAAGUUUUGGAGAGGAAAAUAGAAAGUUAACGGUUAUUUCGUUACAAUCAGACUCGCCGACAAGUAUUAAAAUGUUGUUUGGGUUGCCUCCCGUGUUGGUUGGACUACGAGGCAGUGUGGACUUGAGAUACACAGAUACUGACGAUGAUGACGUUUCACAUUGGUAUUCUCAAGUAUUCGCACCAGCUGAUGAGAUAUUGACCACUCCUCGGCUGGAGUUCCGUUUAGCUGGACUCAAACCGGACACAACGUACAAAAUACGUGGCAAACUACUCUUACAUAAUCUGCCAGUGGAACCUGAGAGUAAAAUUUACACAAUACGAACUCAAAGUGAAUUGACAGAUGUUGAGGAACCAGAGGAGAAACGAAGAGAUAUCGACUGUAAAUUGUCAGUGGUAGAGGUGAAUGACACUACAGCCCAAGUAACUUGGCGACAUUUCACCGAGGAUGAGCUGCAAUUCAUCGAUGGAGUUCAAGUUCGGUAUCGACCAGUAGGAACUCCUAUAUACAGCAUGACUGAGCUGCUACACCACAGUCGAUCAGCAGCAUACCUUCAGGACCUGAGACCGGAGACCAGAUACGAAGCGUCCCUGGUUCUCAUUCCUCCCACAAGAGCUGUCACUGAAUUAGUUGACUCCGGGCAAGUUGAGUUCACAACGGCUCCAUAUAUUGAUCCAUACAACUGGUCCGUGACAGUCGAGGCUCGCGCCGUAGGUUCAGAAGCCGCUGAAGUCACGUGGCAUGGAGUGCCGUCUCCCGCAGAGCGUUGGGUGCGAGUGUACCGAGCAGCACACGCCUGCGGUACUAGCAGAAAGGAACACGACGACUUCAGACUCGCCACAAGGGACUUGCCACCAGCCAUCACUUUGAUGGGAUUGCAACCGAAUGCCAAGUGUCGUGUAUGGCUUGAACUAUUUUUAACAAAUGGAAAAGUUAAAACCAGCAAUGUCCUGGAAAUCAACACAAAAUCAUUAGAUUCACCUGAACCAGUCGACAAUGAAAUAGAAGCAUCAUCUAUAGCGGGGAGCCGGAAUGCCCCGCGCGGCGAUUACUACGGCGCGUUAGUGAUAGUAGGCGUCAUUGCGGCCCUUGGAGCUCUAUCUUCUGUGCUUCUACUGCUUGUGGUCAUACGCAGACAUCGACCGCACUCAGUGCCUAUAACGCCUUUGCCAACAGCACCCCGCGAGUCUUCACUCCCUCCUUACGACAAUCCUGCCUACAAACUCGAGUUGCAGCAGGAAACUAUGGACCUCUGACAGUUAAGUUCCCGUGAGCACAGCAAUGGGCUCAACGGGUUUUCGGAAAGGGCCAUUGAUGUCGGACCGAAUGGCCGAUCCUAUAAUGAAGCGGGACUAUAAACAUGUAUGAACCAGACUAAAGAUGGACAUUUCUUCGUUGCUAUGACAACCAGCUUGUCACUACGUCUCCAUAGCAAUCGGAUGACAUUUGAAGCUGGUUAAAUAAAAACCAGUAAGAUCUGUGGUUAAGUGGGUGAUGGGUUAUAUCCAAAGUUCCAGAAUUGGACAAAUUUGUAAAGCUGAUCAAUUUCUAUAGAAAAAUCUGUGUAGUUAAUAAAUAUUUAUAUUAGUAGAUCCUAAGGACCUUUCACUAUUUUUUAAGUGAAAACUUUUUUAGCAACGUGGUGAUUUGAAAGUCGAUGAAACGAAAAAGCGACAUAUAAAGACACAAAAAUUCAUAAGAUUUAACGUGGGAGAAAAUGAGAUAGGAAGCAUUAUACAGUGUAAACUUUAAAUUAGUAUUUGAUAAUUUUCUGAAUUAAAAAAAACAUAGAGGUGCAAAAAAAUUAAGUAAGAGAUUAAUUUAAUUCAGUUAUAAAAUUCGAUGAAAUUUGUCAAUUUUAUUUACAUUCAUUAAUUAUAAAAACUCUUUGAAGUGAAAACUUCUUAGUAUAUCAAUUUAAACUUAUGAAUCUAUGUGACUCUCUUUUUAUUUUCGCUUUUUCGUUUCAUGGAGUUUCAAACUUUAAUUAUUUUAGUUUUUAUCAAAAUAGAAGAUUGAUAUUAAGUUAAAACUUAAAAUAAAAAAUUAAUUUAAAGAAAAGUAUAAUACUACAUUUAGAUAGUGAAAAAAAGUCUUAUUUACAUAUUUCAUUUUAUAAUUAUAAAAACUUUUUAAUCAUAUCAUCAAAAUUAAUAAUUGAUAUUAAACUUAAACAUAAAAAUUACUAAACGGGUACUGAAUUUCGUACCUUAGCUGCAUACUUAUUCUGUUAUGAUAAUUGGAGAUAAUUUAAUAAAAGACUCUGAGUACAAUCGCCAUAAUGCGCUCUUACUUUGGAUAUUAACCCGGGCAUAAAUUUGUAUAUAUAAACUAUGUGAACAACGAAUUGUAUGUUAUUAUUGUAAUAUAGCUUGUAUUUGUAAUGUUAUUAUUUUCAAAAUAAGUGCCUCUUAAUAAUAUAUAAUUGUAAAUAGUGUUAUAUAAUAAGGAAAUUUGCUAAAAUGUAUUAAUGUUUAUUAUAGUUGAAAUCCUAAAACAUAGAAAGUACUUUCUUGAAUAGGAAUUAGAGGAAUCAGUUUUUAGAAUGCUGUCGUAAUGAAUUCCUUCAUUUAAUUAAUUACACCUAAAAGUGAUAUUUUUCAAUAAUUUUAAUCAUAAUAAACCAAAAUUGCAUUCAGUUUUAAACAUGUUACCCCAUAUAUCAUGUAAUUAAAUAUCGCUUUAAUUGUUACAGCCACUUUGUUACAUUAAUAAGCAAUAAAUUUAUUUAUAUCGAAAA